UUCUGUGAAUCCAAACUUCCAAUACAGACGCACCCAAAAUAUUUCUGAUGAAUUCAUUUAUUUCCGUCCUAUUAAUGUGGAAAAUCGGGAAAGGGCCAGAAAGCAAAAACAACAGAAUCCAACUUUGGCCUCCCAGCAACCCACCCCUGAAGGUAUCCAUCAGAGGGACAUGGGGCAUAUGAAUCAGGUGGUAAUGGUUACCACCCCCCCACUAACUAAGGAGUUAGAAAGCACUGCCCUUGUAAAACCAAAAACUUCAGGGCUUCUUCGCAUAGAGCAAGUACCAGUUAAGUCUUUGUGGGUCCCAGAAUUUCAACGCUUAGAUGUUACAGGAAUUGCCAGUCCAGAGGAAAGGGGGAAAGGCACCGCAAUACUUGUUGCUGGUGUGCCUGGAAAGGAGGAGCUAGAUGAUACAGAAAUUCCUACUUUGCACUUCACUGGGUUUGUACAUCUGGAGGCCUUACUAAAUAAAUGUUCACCAUCCUCAGAAUACAGUCGCCCAGGAACCCCAGGAAAUCUGUGGAUGGAAUCUCCAGAAAAUGCAGAGUCCCCAGGAAGUGAUGAUAUGGAAGUAGCGAGAAGCAUGUAUCCUUUUAGAGAAAGAUCCGUCUUUCGGCGCUCCUGGGCAGAGCUCUUAGAGGCACCACUAAACAGUGAGGGGCUCCAUAUUCUCCAAAGUGUUCACAAUGAGGAAAACAGAGAUAUGGGUUGCAACAAACUAAUAUCACAGGAAGUAAUCCCCCGUCCCAAGGAUCAUUUCCAAGCUUUGCAAGGCCCUUUCCCCUUAUUGCCCGAGCGCCCUAAGCUCCAGAGGCAGCGUAGUCGAAGCUUACCAAGAUACAGUGAAGUCAGAGGCCAAUAUGUAAAUACAGCUGAAUUCAAAGGAAACGCAGAAGAAACUCUCUUCUUCCCACGUGAUCAUAAUGUACUAACAGAAGAAAAUAUCAAGAAAAGACACGACAUGGAGGAACCCUGGCAAAGACCAAUUCCAUCACAUUCUGGAGAAUAUUUUCCCAUUAUGCCAAGAUUUGACAAUUCUGCAAUUCAAGGAAACUUUGGAAUUCCUGAGGAUAAUUCUGCACGUACCAGAGGCAAUAUGAGAAUUCCCCAGAGUAAUGUCAAUACUAUCCCCAUGGUUAAUGUUGGAAUUCCCAUAGAUAAUCCUCAAGUUCUUAGAGGCAAUACUGGAGUUCCCAGGGGCAGUGGUUUUGAAGUUUACGUGGGCAACAGUGGUAGACCUUCCAGAAGUAUGGUAUCCUCUCCACUUAUUGAGCUCUCAAAGAUAGGUGAACACCAGUUGUAAAAACUGACACUACAAAGCAAUCCUGAUAGUUGAAGAAACAAACAAAGACACUUAACAUCAAAACAGACAUGUACAAACUUGACAACUCAAAAUGCUAAAUGGGACAUCUAAAUUCUGAAUUCACAAAAAGAACGUAAUCACCAAACAAACCUAAGGUAAUGGUUUAUUAGAUGGGAUAUAAC